CGGAUCCAAACACCAACAAGCCGAUGGAAGCCAGAAAGACCAACCCAGGAUGCUCUCCUCUUCCUUCGAUGGAUCCCACUCGAGUCUUGAAGCCCCACGCGAAAUGGCAUCUGGCAGGGGGCAAGGGGGAACGCGCCUCCUCCACCCCACCAAUUCUGUUUCCAUCCCCAUCCGAUCCGGGAGUCGACGGCCGAACGGAACCGGGGCCCACGGACCUGGGUCGCACCCUGACGUUGCCGCUGUCGGCACCCGGGUGGGACUCGAGCCCAUCGGGUUCAACGCCAACGACGGCCCCAGCCGUCGGGCCAAGACACGGACGGUAUCGUCGGACGGCUCCUUCUCGGUCAUCAGGAAGUAUUCCCUGCGAUCCU